UGCCCGCCUCUCUCUCCCUCUCUCUCUGCCCGCCGCCGCCGCCGCCAGCGCCAGGCAUCUCUGCGUCGAGAUAAGCACAACUCGCAGUGUCUCUUUUUCCAUCCUAGCCUGCAGUGCUCCCGACUCGUGCGCCACCCUUUGUGUUCGGCUAUCUGCCGCCGCCCACGCCCUGCUAUCAAAACGCCCACGCCCACCGCCCGCCUCGCCCACCAGCACGGCGGAUGCACGCGACAGGCUAGAGCCGCUGUGGACUGAAGAGACAUGGCCGACUACGGCAAUCAGCAGCGGCCGGACUAUGCGCGCGGCCCCAACCAUGGCCAGCCCACGGGCGCAAGGGAAACGGCCUUUACAAACAUCUUCGGCGCCAGUCCCGCCAUGGCUGGCCGCUCGCAGACCAUGACCUCGCAGUCACACAGAAACAUCCCCGACCGCGCGGCCACAAUGUCGAGCCAGACGGCUGAUAUGAUGCAGCGCGCCCCGCCCAUUCGCCAGCCCGUCAAUGGCUACGAUCGUCGUCCUCACCCACAGUACGAUCCGCGCACGGGACCAGGUCUCGGAGAGCAGCGCCCCAUAGAUCCGCCGAAUGGUUUUAAUCGACCCAUGCCGAACGGCUACGGCCAAAGCCCACGCUUCCCAGACGGGCCUCAGCAACCGCAGCGUCAGCCCCAGCCGCAGUAUCUACCUCAACCGCUGCGUCCUGAGCGCCAGCCCUACGGCCAGCCCCGGCGAUUCGACCCGAGAACCUCUCCUCCUGGCCAGCCCCCUUACAACAAGCCCAUCCCCAAUCGCUUUCCUGGCCAUCCUGGCCCAGCCAUGAACUCCGACCCGUACCGCUCCCAGUCGCUGGCCCUGAACCCGCGCCCGCAGUUCACCCCUGGCGGCCCUUCGCACCCCUCGCAAGCAAACACGUUCCGCCAGCAGCCCUACAUGAACCACAUGGCCAGGACCACGGCACAGGGACGCGUGGUGCCCGAGCGGCCCGACGAGCGAACAAUGUCCAUGACCUCGUACACAAGAGACCCCGAGCACACGCAGACAAUGAGCGGCAGGAUCAUACCAAACCGAAGGCGAGAAUCUGGCGAUUCUGAACAGUCGUCCGGCAACGCAGGAAUGCCGCCCAACUCCAGGAGCGUAAGCCAAGGCAGCAUGCCAAGUCAGUCGCGAACCAUGUCAAUGGCUUCUACUAUUGUGCCUCCUUCCGAGCGCACCAGCACCAUGACUUCGAUCAGCUCUCGUCCAGACUCGUCGCAGACGCUGGCAAGCAGCUCCAGCAACAACCGCACUUCGAACCAGUCGAUGAACUCACUGGCACCAGCACAGCAAAUGCCUGCUGCUCAGCGCCGAGCGCCCUUGGUCUAUCCCGCCCUGCUCUCCCGCGUCGCCGAUACCUUCCAAGACCGAGUGGCUCUCUCCGAGAAAGAAAAGGACGGUCUUGUGUACAAGAGUGCCUUUACUGGCGCAGAUGCGGUGGACCUCAUAUCCUUCAUUAUCAAAACUACCGACCGUAAUCUAGCGCUCCUCCUGGGCCGGUCCCUGGAUGCGCAAAAGUUCUUCCACGAUGUGACGUACGCCCACCGCCUGCGAGAUUCGACAAACGAGAUAUACCAAUUCCGCGAGACAAUGGUCGAGGACAAGUCUGAAAUCAACGGAGUUUUUACUCUGCUGACCGAGUGUUACUCGCCCACGUGUACGCGUGACCGUCUGUGCUACUCAAUUGCCUGCCCCCGCCGCCUGGAGCAGCAAGCCCGUCUCAACAUGCGCAUUCAGCCCGGUCUUAAACGCGAGGAGUCGAGGGCAAGUUUGCACGAGGACAAGGACCAAGAAGAGCAGAAACUGUGGAUCAACACCGUGCCAAAGGAGAUUUCGGAUAGUGUCUCGGAGAAGGAGCAAAAACGGCAAGAAGUCAUUUCUGAGCUCAUGUACACCGAGCGCGAUUUCGUAAAGGAUCUCGAGUACCUGCGCGACUUCUGGAUGAAGCCUCUGCGCAACCCUGCAACAUCUCCCAUUCCAGAGCAUCGCCGCGAAAAGUUUGUCCGCACCGUCUUCUCAAAUUGCCAGGAGGUCUACAUGGUCAAUUCCCGCAUGGCCGAACAACUCACACGACGCCAACAGAAGGAAGCCGUGGUCCGCAACAUUGGAGACAUCUUCCUCGAGUAUGUUCCGCAUUUUGCACCCUUCAUCAAAUACGGCGCGAACCAGCUCUUCGGUAAGUACGAGUUCGAGCACGAAAAGCGCACCAACGCUGCCUUUGCCAAGUUUGUCGAUGAAGUGGAGAGGAUGAAGGAGUCGAGAAAGCUAGAGCUCAACGGUUAUCUUACGAAGCCAACCACCAGGCUGGCUAGGUACCCACUGCUCCUGGAGAACAUUGCCAAGUACACGGCGGACGAUAAUCCAGACAAGGAGGAUAUUCCCAAGGUCAUUAGCAUCAUCAAGGAUACUUUGUCAAAGGUCAACAUUGAAUCCGGAAAGGCGGAGAACCACUUCAACCUCAUGCAGCUCAACAAGGAUCUCAAGUUCAGGCCUGGAGAGUUUGUCGAUCUGAAACUGACAGACGAGAACCGACAACUGGUGUUCAAGGGCACCUUGAAGAAGACGCCGACGGAGACAACUGGCGACAUUACCUGCUACCUCUUCGACCAUGCCGUCUUGUUGGUCCGCGCAAAGACGGUGAACAAGCGCGAAGAACAAAAGGUGUACAAGAAGCCGAUACCACUGGAGCUUCUUGUCAUUACGCAAAUGGAAGAAGUCAACCCCAAGCUGGGCAUUGCCAAGCGGCCGUCGGCAAACUUGAUUGCUGGCAAGGCGAUUGCUGCUGCAACCCCCAAGAAUAACGAUCCCAAACAGCAAGGCUACCCAAUUACCUUCAAGCACCUUGGCAAGGGCGGAUACGAGUUGACUCUAUUUGCGAGCACGCCAAUCUCGCAGCAAAAGUGGAUGGAGCAUAUUGAUGCGCAGCAACGAAGUUUGAGAGAGCGCAGCAACAUCUUCACAAAGACCAUUGUCAACGAAGGCUUCUUCUCCCCUACCAUCAGGGUCACCUGCGCUGUUCCCCUGGACGGUGGUCGCAAGCUGGCCCUUGGUACGGAUGCCGGUGUGUAUAUCGUGGAGCGCAAGCCAAAGGAUGCUUCGAUACGUCCCCGUCGCGUCCUGGACUGCAAGGGCGUCACCCAGAUCGAGGUCCUCGAGCAACAUGCUAUUGUGCUGGUCCUGGCCGACAAAACACUUUACUCAUACUCGACCGAUGCCCUGGAGCCCGACGAGUCGCAAGCCAUGGUCAAGCGUCCACGAAAGAUUUGCCAUGCCAAUUUCUUCAAGGCUGGCAUUUGCAUGGGUCAACAACUGGUCGCUGCGGUCAAGACGUCGGCACUGUCGACUACGAUCAAGGUGUACGAGCCAAAGGAGCAGAUGGGCAACAAGAACAAGAAAUCUGGUUUCGCAAAGAUGAUGCUUUCAACGGGUGGAGCCGACCAACUCAAGCCCUACAAAGAGUUUUACAUUCCCACCGAAUCCACGUCGAUGCACUUUUUGCGAUCCAAGCUUUGCGUUGGUUGCGCACGUGGCUUUGAAGUGGUCAGUCUGGAAACGCUCGAGACGCAAUCACUGCUCGACCAGGCCGAUACAUCGCUCGACUUUGUUGUCCGCAAAGAGAACAUCAAACCAAUUCAUCUUGAGCGCAUGGCAAGCGAGUUCCUGCUAUGCUACGCCGACUACUCGUUUUUUGUCAACCGCAACGGCUGGCGAGCGCGACCCGACUGGAAGAUUAUUUGGGAGGGCACACCACAAGCCUUUGCUAUUUUCAAUCCUUACAUCCUUGCUUUCGAGCCUAGCUUUAUUGAAAUUCGGCACAUGGAGAGUGGUGGCCUGGUGCACAUUAUUACAGGAAAGAACAUUAGGUGGCUACACACAUCGACAAGAGAGAUUUUGUACUCAUACGAGGACGAGCUCGGCAACGAUGUCAUUGCCAGUCUGGACUUUUGGCAAACAGCAAAUGGAAACAAGCAAUCACUCGACGUCCAACGCGCUUUCGAAAAGAGCUAGGUGCGAGGCCAAGAUUUGCACAUCAAUUAAACGUCGAGCCUCUACCCUCGAACACACGAGUACCAAAGAAGCAGCAGCAGUACCUUACGUAGUCAUCUGUGCUGCAACGACACCACCACAUUUGCCGACGACUAUUGUGCAGUUUCCUGCAUCACACGAAAAAGAAAUCACGCAAGGAAGCGUGGCACAUGCCUCGACCAAGCCGCGGGCGGUGGUGACAAUGGAAUUUU